UUCCAUCCAGGGGAAUUAUAGCAAAGAUGGAGGGAACUCUGUUUUCUCCAGCUUUGGAAGGCCUAAAGCUUCUUAAGUGUGAACGAGGGGACAUCCAGACCAAACCUUUCUUAGAUGUCUGCAAAUUCGUCUUGCCUAUCCUAGAUAAAUUUGGAGCUUCCAUGACUGUAGUGAAAGCUGACAUCAGUGGAAACAUAUCAAGGUUGGAUUCUAGAUACAAUUCCAACACACCAAGAUUCAACUACUUGUACAGUUUUGUACAGGCAGAAGUUGAAACCGGCACUGCUAAAUCCUCAUCCAGCUGCACCAAUGGCCUUCUUUGGUUGACAAGGGCAAUGGAUUUCAUUGUAGAACUAUUCCGUAACUUGGGUGAGCAUCGGGAUUGGUCAAUGUCCCAAGCUUGUUCUGAUUCCUAUUCAAAGACCUUGAAGAAAUGGCAUGGCUGGCUUGCUAGCUCCAGUUUUAUGGUGGCCGUGAAGCUUGUUCCGGAUAGGAAAAAGUUCAUGGAGGUCCUAGGUGGAGAGGACAGCUAUGGCGACAUGGAAAACUUCUGCACAGCCUUUACACCAAUACUUAAAGACAUCCACAAAUUCUUGGCUAGUUGCGGCUUGGACAAUAUGAAAUCUUCGUGAUGGGAUUGAGCCUUCCAUUAAUAUAUAUAGCCAUUUAAUUUUAAUAUUUUUUAUUUCAAAU